AUGUCCGUCGGCGGAGCCAACGGCCGAAGCCCCGGCACCAGCUCCAUGCACCGCAUCGGCCAGGCCUACAAGGACCGCGCGGCCGAGAGCCUCCGCGUCAAGCAGGAGCACAUCGACUUCCUCAAGAACCGCAAGGUGUCCAACGACUACCUCCGACAGAUGCCCCGCCGAUGGGUGCCCGGUGAUGUCUACUCGCCGCACGACCUGAGCCCUCGCGAAAUGGACAAGUGGCGCAGAAGAAACCAGCGCCAGGUUGAUGUCGUGGAUAUCCUGGGCCUUCGCCCACUGGACAUGUACAAGAACUUUUCUCUGAUCCAAGAGUUCACGACCAGCUCCGGCCAGAUUAAGCACUCCAAGGAGACAGCUCUGCGGCCCGUCAACCAGCGCAAGGUUGCCAAGAUGAUUCGCAGAAUUCAAGGUAUGGGCCUGUACCCGACCAUCCACGACCACCCCGAACUUAUUCGCUCGGAAUUCUACCCUUCUGAGCAGCGUAGAGGUUAA